GCAGCAGCGGCAGCAGCGAAGACUUCACUUUUUGAAGCCGUGGCAUGAAUGAUCUCAUCGGAACCUCAUCUCCGCUUUCCCUGCCGUCGAUCCUAUGAGCGAUCCCGGAAUAAAAUAAAACUAACACCAGGUGAGUGGAACGACUCCCAGCGCUCAUCGCCAUGUAACCCGCUACCAGGCUGCUCAAGAGUUUCGUAUUUUUAGCAAGUUAAAAAAGUGCCUUCGGUGUCGGCGGCGCAGGAGGAAGAAGCACCGCGGAGCAAUGGGUGGGCGCUCCGCGAGGCUAAUUAGCCUGCUAACAUUUGCCUUUUUCAAGCCAAAUGUAAAACUGGCGACACACGCCGGGGCCUCGUGUGGCUUUCAGUCAAAUUAAGACCCGUUUUCACCCGGUUCGCCCAACAUUGUAGCCCGCUCGGCUCCUCGCGAGUCGAGAGUGAACUAGCCGGCUAGCUGUUAGCUUAGCAGAGCAAAAUGGCCUCAUUGUCGGGCUGGAAAGACAAAAGCACGCAGCGGCUAAGAAGCUAGCCUAGCUGCUACCAGUGCCGAGCGGCUGGCUUUAAUGAACCCACGUAAACACAUUUUCCACGGCCAGUAACAUCGCCAUGGUGCCUGUGAUAGACGAAGAAAUGAUAACGAUGAGAGUUAUUGAUUAAUGACGGCAAGCAGGGCCGCGCGGUGGGGGAUGGGCCAAGCCAGCAGCCAUUGACGUAAAGCAACGCUGCGUCUUGUUUCGAUCAGCACCAAUACACGCUUCAUUUACGUCGUCUGUCACUAAUUUACGACCAAUAAUACGCUUUAAAGUAUUUGUUUGUUUAUUCGCUUUAUCUCAUAGAUCACUUUUAACAAUAUCUCGCGUUAGAGGCAGACAGUGACUACAAUGUGUGGUUGUUUUUCUAAAAAAUAAGCCUAAUGACGUGCCACUAUUAUUAUUGAUCACAUUUGUAACGUUAUAAUCUUCCAUAUACUCUCAUCACACUUAUGCAGUUAAAUAACAAACUUGGUGGAUAGAAACUGUUUACUACAGCAGCAGCAGCACUAUGAGGAAAUAAACACAUUAAAAAUGACAUGUAGUUAAUAACAAUGAAGCCAACAUGACUUUUUUGUCAACUGUGUGGUUGUAUGAUGACAUACAUGACUAUAACCAAUCCUGUGUUGUCACUUUUAACCCUCCCGGCUGGAUUUAUUGCCUUUUUCCAGUUCCUAUGAAUAGUUAGUGCUGUGUAUAGCUUGUCUUGUUUAACAGGCUAACAAACAAGAAGACAUCACAUGACCAUUGCCUUCUUACCCUUUUUUUAUUAUUUGAUUUUUAGAUUUGCAGGCACCUUCAUAAAUGACUUUUACGUCCACUGUCGGGAAAUGUUUCUGAUGACUCAAACACCUUCAUUGCACAUUAGAUCCACUUUUGGUAUGGACUUCUAUAUUUUAUCAAAAUAUGGUGAUUUCAGCACACUACGACUAAUCAAAUGAAGACAGCUGCUAUCAUGUAUCUUGUCUUGUUGUUGCUUUUCAUGUGAAGCUACUGUGUGGAGCUGUCAUGAUGUAUAUUUUUGUAUUGAUAUUUAAAUGUCAAUGUGUAGGUUUUUUUGAUGCACAGAGACGGACACCAUCAUGUUCUAAUUGUGUUGUUUGGAGAGUUUACAGGGCUUUAAAAUGACAAAUCUAAAUACAGUAACAGCAUUGUAUUGUGCAUUUUUCUGUGAUGCUGUUUCUUUCUGUACUACUGUGUAUACAAUGUAUGCUAAUACUACUUUGUAUCUGUGGAGGUUGUUUGAAAAGGUCCCACGUAGGAAUGUGAAUAGAGCGGAGCGUCCCGUUGCAGCACUGCUGGAUUGUGCCUGGUGGAAAGUUUAUAUAUAUAUAUAUAUAUAUAUUUAAAAAAAAAAAAAGCAUCAGGCUGCGGUUCCGAGUGGUUUUACUGAGAUCCACUCUCUCUCUCGGGACCUUAAACGUUGGCAGGAGUCUUGUUUUAAUUCAUGGACUGAAAUCAGGAAGUCAACUCCGCUUCUCUUCCCCUCCCAGUGAAGAGAGUCCGAAUCUUGUUCUACUGGUUUGGACGUGUGUAGACCCAGAAACCUGAUCUGCCUUGUAAACAUUAAGUAGCUGAUGGUGCUGAGCUGUACUGUCAAUCAUGUCAAUGCUCUUACUUGUCAAUCAACUUCUUAUUGAUGGGCUAUUUUCUUGCUCACAGGUGGCAGUGGGAUCACGUAACUUUUUCUUUUUUUUUUUCCUUUCUUUGUGUUUGUUUUUCUGCUAGCGUGUGCUUACUUGAUGCCGCGCCCGCAUUUAGUUGGCAAAGCGUGCUAUUUUUGGUGGCUCCGUGGUCUGUUAAAAGUGUGGUUGUUCCGCCCAGCAGGAGUCUUGCCUCAGACUGGCCUAAAAUGGGCAGAAAUGGCGGUGAACAAAAGCUGCUUGUCGCUCAUACAAACGUACUAGAAGCGUUGCAGCCGGGACCACGCUGCUAUGCUAUUGCCUGUGCCUCUCAACAGGAAAGCAGACAAACGACAUGUUUCCAAAGGGUACCAAGCGUAAGUUCUCAGACUCUGGAGAGGAAGCCGUCUCCAGCAGCGGCGAGCAGGGCCCUGUGACACGGACGCCGUCGCCCUCGUACAGCCUGCAGCGCCAGUCGCUGCUGGACAUGUCGCUGAUCAAGCUGCAGCUGUGCCACAUGCUGGUGGAGCCCAACCUGUGCCGCUCGGUGCUCAUCGCUAACACGGUGCGGCAGAUCCAGGAGGAGAUGACGCAGGAUGGCACCUGGCAGAUCAUGACCCAGGCCCUGGCCGCCGCCCAGUGUCCCAGCGACCGCCUGGUGGCCACCGAAGUGCUCUGCAGGCAGUCGGACCCGGCAGUUCAGGUGGGACAGAGCCCCAAGCCCUACCCGGCGGUGGGCUUGGAUGAGGGCUACCACUCGGAGGAGGUGGUGAUGGAGGGGGACGUGGACAAGGAGGUCAUGUCCGCUUUGUCACCCGUUUCGCCGCAGCUAUCAACGGCGUCCUACUUGGCGGGACCCUUCGGGAUGGGACCUUGCUGGGAGGACCAGGAAGAGGAUGGGGAGUGCGAGGAGGAUGAGGAGGACGACAUUGAGGACUGCGUGUCGGAGGGAGAGGAGGGGGAACGUCCUGAGGCAGACUCUAGGUCGGGGGAGCAGGUCUUUGGGACCUUUGAGAUCAAGCACCCACCGCCGCCCCCGGAUCCAGCGCUGGAAGAACUGUUUUCAGACGUGGACCCAUCCUACUACGAACUGGACACAGUGCUGACAGGCAUGCAGAGCGCCCCCAAGAUGGGACCUUAUGACCUCCUGGAGAGCCUUUCCUCUCACGGGCCGCCUUCCCUCAGCUCUAGUGCCAGCUGUAGGUCGGACCUGAAUGAAUUGGACCACAUCAUGGAGAUCAUAGUGGGAUCCUGAAAGUUGAAACAUUCCCUGGGACUUUAUGAAUGUGGUUUUGAUUGUUGGAGGUUUUGGGACAAGGUGGGAAAUUAACUGCGAGCCAAAAAAGAUUUGAGGAUUGGCAGCUCCUGUUGGGACUUUUUCUUCUUCCAGUAUAUUCCAAACAUUAAUUUGUGGUCAACGAGGAGAAAUUCACAAGCAGUCAAUUUCUUACUUUGUUGAGGAGAGCCUCAAUGGAGAGGACACCGUCCUCUUUGCGUAUUUUCCAUGUUUACGUCCAUCAUUCUAGCUCCUUAUAUGCCAUUCUCUCCAUCUCUAUUUAUUGGAAGUUAUCACACUACAACACAUCCCAGUCCAGAACAAAAUGUAAAUCCAAAUCUAUGAAUCGAUGCAUAUUUUCCUAAAGAUUUGAGCAAUUAUGAAUGGAAUAUAUGUAUAUGUACGUAUGUGUAUAUAGAAAUAUAUUUUUUGCAUUAUACAGUGGGGGGAUUUUGCAAGUAUCCUUUGAUAUUACUUUUCUGUUCUCUUUUUUUUUUUUUUUUUUUUGGUCCCUCCCAAGCGGUUUUUAAGAUUUUAAUGUAGCCAGAUUUGAGACUCAAGUGUCUUCCUGAGGUUUGGUGGACCGGAACCAGACUGGCAUUGUCACACUUUGUAGGCGCUGUUCCUUCACUCUCUGCAAAGCUUUAUCCAGGGAAGCAAACAUUUCCACGCAGCUCAUGAAGAAGCCAUAUUUCUUUACGUCAACUAAUUUAUUGAUCUUUUAUUUAUUGUAUUUAUUAUUUCUAGGUACAUACAAUGCCACAUCCACAUCAAGUCAACCAUUCGGCCCAAAUUAAAUUCCUGAUAUUUAAAUUUGUCACUACGGUUUGAUUGCAGUACCUUUUUUACUAUUUCUCACUUUUUUUUUUUUUUUUAAAAUGAAUCAUAACCGGGUCAACAAGUCCAAUCACUAUGCAGCUCUGUCAUAUGUGUUAUAAAAUGAUUGUAUACGACUCCAAUGUCCUUUAAGUCUUUUUAUGCAAACAGUUGCCUUUUCUCCUAAAGAUGUGCUAAAUGCAAUGUUUUUAUCCCAAAUGGAUCCUUGUGGCGAUGAAGAGAUGAACUCAGGCAAACAAGAUGUAUUGACACAAAUACAGUAUUGAUACUUAACACCGCAACACUCCUGAAGGAUGUCACGCUGGUCUGAAUGGGAGCUAGAACUUCAAAGACUUAUUACCGUUGUAAAAUGUAUGCAUUUUUUUAUAUAUUAAGGAAAAAAACAUUGUAGCGUCUUUGUAAAUAUUUUUUAUAAUAAAAGCUGCAACAAUUGAUUGCAUGUGUGUGUGGUUUU